AUGAAAUCAGCUUUUUUAUCCGUUGAGUUCAAAGAAGAAUUAAUUGAUUUUGAGUUCAUAUUAUUAUUAGGUGAAGGAUAUGUCAACUUCAGUUUACCAGAUUCAAAAACUGAUACACAACAUUAUUUUCAAAUUCGAGAGUUUCGAACACCAGAGUAUGAAGUUUCAUCAAUGAUUCAAUCGCCAGUAGCAUAUUAUUGUCACUCAACUGUCGAUCAACACGUUAUAGCUACUUGUGAAGGACAAAUAAUAGGUGGUGGUCAUCUAAGUGAUGCAAAUGUUCAAUGGACAGUACACGCUGAAGCAACAAAAUUUAUACCAGCUAAUAGAUAUGACUAUAUGUUUGGCAGAGCCCAGUCGUUCUCUUACUAUUCUGGUGAUCAUACCCAAAACAAAAUAUCAUAUCCAGAAAAAUAUUUUCAGGGUAAAACAAACAACAAAGGUCAGCAUGAAAUAAAAAUUACUUAUCAUGGUAUCGAGCAAGAGCCAAGCCCAAUAAUUGUCUACGCAUUAGCAGCCAUUACUGAUUUGAAUUCUCAAACACAAGAAACACGAUCAAAUUUUCUCAUACAUCCAUGCAAAUAUUAUGUUGGAUUUCAGUUCGUAAAGAAUUAUGGUACAAAAGACAAACCGGUGCAAACAAAAGUCAUUGUAACAGAUAUUGAUGGAAAUUUAAUUGAUAAUAUUUUGGUUCAAUGCAAAGUAGUUGGAUAUGGCAAGGAAAAAAAAGAAGAUCAGAAUGGUUUAACAGUAUUUGAAGAAGUAACAGAUGAACAAAGAUUAACAAUCGUUAGUUCAAAUAAAGAUCCAGUUAAUAUUGAUUUUACACCAAAACUAGGGGGUAGAUACAACAUUUCAUACAGUGUCAACGAUGAACAAGAACGAUUAGCUAUGAGUUACUAUAAAAAAUUUUAUGUGUAUGGUGGUUACGAAAAAGAAAAAGAAGAAGUGGAGUUAAAUUGCCGCAUUCCAAUUGACUCAGUGAAAAUUAUUCCGAACGCAAAAAGUUAUCAACCGGAUGACUUAUGUGAAUUACUAAUCCUAGCCCCGUUUAGUCCAGCUAAUGGUUUGCUUAUACUGGGCUGUGAUGGUCAAGUCUCACAACCAAUACGAUUUCAAAUAGAAUCUGGAAAAGAUUCAACAACUGUCGAAUUUAAAAUAUCAAAAGAUUGGAUACCAAAUUUUACAGCUUCCGCUGAACUAACGGGUUCAAUCCCAAGAGUAAUGGAACUGACUCAUUCUCCAAGUCGUCCAGCAAUCGCCACUGGUUCAGUAACAGUAGAAGUAUCAAGAGAUAUUUAUAAACUAAAUGUUUUGAUUACUAGAAAAGAACCAAAUAAAAUUUAUACACCAUCAUCGAUCAUGCAUAUAGAUGUCGACGUCAAACAAUAUGUAGAUAAUGCACCUGUAAAAAAGGCAGAAGUUUGUUUAAUUGUUGUUGAUGAAGCAAUCUUGUCAUUAACUGAUCACAAAUUAGAUAGUCUAUUAGAUAUAUUUUAUCCUCGUCGAUCAGAAAAUAUCGCACAACACCGUAGUAGAGAGCAGUGUUUGCUAUUCAAUGCACAAUAUAUAGAACAACUAAAGAAAGAGAUAAAAGCUAGUCUCUACUUAAGCGAUGACGAAGAGGGUGGCGGCGGCGGUGGUGGUGGUCCAAUGCACGGUAAGUUCGGGUCAGCUGCUGCUGAACAAAAACUAGCUGUUCGAUCGAACUUCAAUCCCCUAGCAUGUUGGACACCGUCAUCAAUCACUGAUUCAUCGGGACGAGUUUCAAUUGAAGUUAAAUUACCUGACAAUCUAACACGCUACCGUGUAUGGGCAGUAGCAACGAAUGAUAGACAAUAUGGUUUAGGCGAAAUGUCAUUUACGGUACAACUACCAAUUAUGAUUCGGCCUUCAUUACCAAGAUUUCUGAAUUAUGGAGAUACGGCAUAUUUUUCAGUUGUUUUACAAAAUCAAACUGGUCUAGAAUUACUAUUACAUGCUGGUUUGAGAGCAAGCAAUACUAAGUUGUUGACAGCCCAAACAAAUAGACCAGAAGUUGGCUACUCAAUUGUACUACCACCAAGUAAACGAGCUGCUCUUAUAUUUCCAGUAACAACUAUUCAUUCUGGUACAGCUCGAUAUCAGUUCAUAAUCAGUACUCCCAGAAAUAAAACAUCUGUAUCCUUUGGUGAUGCAAUUGAACUAAGUUUACCUGUAUUUACACCAGCGACGUCUGAAGCAUUUGCAACCUAUGGCGAUACAUAUGAAGAAGUCGUUUUUCAACCAAUAAAGUCACCAAAGAAUGUUCUUUCACAAUACGGUGGAUUGUCAAUAACAACAAGUUCAACAGCAUUAGCAUCAUUAACUGAUGCACUUAUUUCACUUUAUACAUAUCCGUAUGAAUGUUCAGAACAAUUAAGUUCGCGAUUAUUAGGUAUACAAUCACUAUGGGAUGUGUUACAAGCAUUUCAUUGUAAAGAACUACCUGACAUAUCAAUAUUGAAAACUAAAUUAGAAUCAGAUAUAAAUAUAUUGAAAGGUCGUCAGUAUCCAAAUGGUGGAUUUGGUUAUUGGACAAAUCGAAAGGAUUCUCAUGCUGAUCCAUAUAUGAGUGUACAUGUUGCACAUUGUUUAGCUGUUAUAGCAAAUAAAAAGGUAUUUGAUGUUGACGAGAAUAUGCUGAAAAAUGUGCUAAAAUACCUUGAAAAUAUUGAAUCCGAAAUCGAUCAAUUAUCAUUCAGUAAAUAUUGGUCGGAACAAACUCGAUUUAGUUUGAUGAGUUAUGCAUUAUACGCUCGGGCGAAAUUUCUUCAAAAUGUGGCAGAUCAAGCUUUACAAUUAUUUCAACGAAGUGGAUUCGAAAAACUUAGUUUCGAAGCAUUAGGAUGGCUAUUAGUCGCAUUAUCUGCUGGGAAGAUAGAUAAUAAUCAUCAAACAAUUGAAUUAAUAUACAAAUAUUUAAAAGGGAAAGUAAACGAAACAAGUGAAACAGCGAAUUUUAUCACAUCAUAUGGUGAUGAUGGUCAAUUAGUGAUGUUACAUUCAAAUCAAAGAACAGAUGCCAUUUUAUUAGAGUCCCUAUUAUGUAUUGAUCCAAAUUCUACUCUUUGUACUAAAUUAUGUAAAGGUUUACAAGCAAAUAAAGUGAAAGGUGCAUGGAAAUCAACACAGGAAAACUGUUUUGUAUUAGUUGCCUUAGAUAAAUAUUUUCAUAUCAAAGAAAAAGAUACACCAGAUUUCGUUACUAAUAUUUGGUAUGACAUUGAUUAUUGUGGUCAACACCAAUAUAAAGGUCGAACGACAAAUACAUGUACAAUAAAUAUUCCGAUGAAAGCAAUCCUAUCGCCGUCAUCGUCAUUCAACUUGGGUAAUAAUGAUAAGAAUCUAAUCAUGCACAAACAAGGUAAUGGUCGUUUAUAUUAUCGUAUUGCAAUGAAUUAUGCACCGUCAAGUCUACAAUUAAAUGAAGUUAACUAUGGUUUUAAAAUUGAACGAACAUACACAGCUAUCGAUGAUCCAUCACAUGUUCAGAAACAAUCAGAUGGAACUUGGAAAUUCAAACUACAGAAAAAAAUCAGAGUCACAUUAACAAUGGCAACAACACAACGACGAUAUCAUAUAGCAUUAAUUGAUUAUUUACCAGCUGGCUGUGAACCAUUAAAUACUAAAUUAAAAGGCAUUUUGAUAGAUGAUACAAACUCACCAGUAACAAGGUCAAAAGGAAAUUAUCAUUAUAAUGAAUAUCGACCAUGUUCAAUUGUCGAUUGGACUGACCAUGAAAACUUAAGAGAUGAACGUGCCGAAGCAUUUCGGUCAUUAUUAUGGCCUGGCGUUUAUGAAUGGAGUUAUAUAAUGCGUGCAACAUGUGCUGGCACAUUUAUCAUUCCACCAGCAAAAGCUGAAGAAAUGUAUUCGCCCGAAAACUUUGGUCGAUGUGCAACAGAAAAGGUUACCAUUGAAUAA